CGACUAGAAAUGUCAAUCUGAGCAAGGGAGUCCCAAUAAUCUAAAGCAAUCUGUAAGGACCUGACCUUAGUCCAUCCAGAUCAAUAGGGAAGUGAGGGUGGAAAGAAGAAGAAGAGGAAGAAAUAAGGGGCGCAACCGGAUCGUUUACACUGGCUGUUCCCGAGGAAAUAUAGACUUCCCUUGCUUGCACCUUUUGUUGCUCACAUGCUCACACUGUAAAAGUGGAUAUCGAGGCAAUUCCCUUGCUUUGUGUGAUUGCAGCAGACUUUUUUCCCUUUUCCUACCACCAUGUCUUUCCCUCAGCUGGGAUAUCAGUACAUCCGACCGAUAUACCCGCCGGAGCGCCAGGGGAUCGCCGGCAAUGCCCGGUCCGGGACAGAGCUCAGUCCGUCCGGCGCACUCUCCAACGUCCUCUCCACUAUGUAUGGAUCUCCUUUCGCCGCAGCAGCGCAGGGCUAUGGAGCGUUUCUCCCCUACUCAAACGAUAUUUCAAUUUUCAAUCAAUUGGGUGCUCAGUAUGAACUGAAAGACAGCCCCGGUGUCCAGCACCCAGGGUUUGCCCACCAUCACCCUGCGUUUUACCCAUAUGGCCAGUAUCAGUUCGGUGACCCGUCCAGACCCAAAAACGCCACCAGGGAGAGCACCAGCACCCUGAAGGCCUGGCUCAGUGAGCACCGCAAGAACCCCUACCCCACCAAGGGCGAGAAGAUCAUGCUGGCCAUCAUCACCAAAAUGACCCUCACCCAGGUGUCCACCUGGUUCGCCAACGCCAGGAGGAGGCUAAAGAAGGAGAACAAGAUGACCUGGGCCCCCCGGAACCGCACCGAUGAAGAGGGAAAUGUUUACAACAGCGAUCACGAGGGGGAGGAGGGGGACAAGAGGGAGGACGAGGAGGAGAUCGACUUGGAGAACAUCGACACGGAAAAUAUUGAGAACAAGGACGACUUGGACGACCAGGACGACCUGCAUUCAGAUAUUAAACUAGACGGGAGGAGUGACUCUGAGAUUUCUGACGGCUAUGAGGAUUUACAAGGGCCCGACCAGAGGUUUCUAAAGGCUGUGGGGAAAGAGGGCAAAGACGUGGAGCGAGGAGGAGAGCACUUUCACCACCACCACCACCACCACCACCAUCACUCUUCUUUGGACACCAAAGCGUCCCAGCCGAACGGAGAACAGCUCAAACUGAACCCGGUGUCCGUUAGCUCACCGCCCUCAGAAAACAACCCUGCCCCAGCCCAAAAGCCAAAGAUCUGGUCUUUGGCAGAGACAGCCACGGCCCCUGACAAUCCGCGCAAAUCGCCACAAAUGAACGGCAGCAACUCCGCAGGGCCGGCCGCCCAGACCAUAAUCGCCCCUCACAGACUAAUCUCUUCUUGUCCCGUUGGGAAAAUCCAGAACUGGACGAACCGAGCCUUCUCGGCGCAUCAGCUGGCUUUACUGAACUCAAAUCAUUAUCUGGGACUGGCAAACCAGGCAACUGCCACCGGCCUGGCCCUCUACAGCAGCAGGCAAACGGAGGACAAGAGUCAUAGUUCAGAGACUCCAGUCACAGGUACAUGUCCCCGACACUGAGACGCGCAUGUAUAAAUAACUACAAAAACAAAGACACUAGUCCAUUACCCGUCAUUAAUUUCUGUUAUUUUAGUCCUCCUUUUGCCUUCGUUGCCUGUUCAUGGAUUUUUUUUUCUGUCUAGGCCACACAGAUGAUCAGUGUUACAAUGUUAUAGCUUACAGAAUACAGUGUGUGUGAUGUGUGCGUGUGUGUGUGUGUGUAACUGCUUUGAAAAAUGCCCGAGAGGAUUAUGAACGCCACAUCAGACAGCAUUUAAGAAAAAAGUCAAAUGUUGAAUUGGGUGAAAACUGUUUUUGUGCCCCUUCCUUCCUUUAUAUGGUUUAGAUAUGUCCAUAUGAUUAUUUAGGCCCACGUGCUUGUAUUCAUUAGUUUACAUAAAUCCCUCAACCCAUCAAACCAACUAGUUUUCAACACUAAAUUCACGGAAACCCAGGAUGGGCUCUGAUAAUAGGCAGUUCAAUUAAUGCAUUUUUAAUUUUCAUUGCCACAAUUUCAGAGAGAUCUAGUGCCUUGGAUGCAGAGAAAACGUUGUUAAAAACAGCUUUCCACCCACUUCAGAGAUAAAGAGACUGUCAGUUAAUGACAUUUGGGAAUUUUCUUUUUGAUGCCAUAUCACAUUUUCUUUUUUAAACGCCAUAUUUACCCAAAUUAGCUUUUAUUCUAAGAUUUGUUUUAUCCCUGUGUGUGCGCUUGUGUUAUUUCGUCAAGGCCUAUGUUACACUUACUUGUUUGGUCAUGCAAAUGAGCUCAAUGCAAAUUCACUACAGGCUCGUUUUUGGAAGGCAAUUGUCACUUUUAUAUCACUUUGUGUUUUAGCUCUUCGUGAGGCUAUUAUUAGUGGGGGGGGUUAGAUCACUGCAUUAUUAUUAUUAUUUUUUUUUUACCCCUGUGUAUUUCAGGCCUCAGAACCAACUACAAGCAGCGGUGGUUCUUUCGGCUCUCCCCUUUCCAUAACCUCUCACCCAUCCUCUAUUUUCUUUUUCCUUUGAUUUGAAUAUGGAAUGUAAAAUAAGAAUAAUACAUCUCUGUAUACUUACAUUGUAAGCAUGUCCUGUGUAAAACUGCUAAUGUAAUAAUGUAUGAACCUGUAGUCUGUGAGUUUUUUCUUUUCUUUUUGUAAGUUCUGUGAGGAUUUGAUGUUCAAAUGUUUUGUAUAUAAAGUUAAGAAUAUGUACAUACUUGUGAACCAAAUUGUACAAGAAAGUCUAUAUUUUGGCUAAUAAAUGAACUGCUGCAACUUUAA